CCCAGCGCGCCUCCGAUGAUCGUCCAGCUGCUUCUUCUUCUCCUCCUCCGCUGGGCGAGAGAGGCUCGCUCCCGCCGCCUCUCCGAGCGAGGGCAGCCGGCUGGCGAGAAGCAUUUGGCUAGACCAAGCGUUGGGAAGACUUCCUUAAAAUUUCAGCAGGGAUUGCCGAAGGACUUAACCAGAAACCUUUGCAAGUACACCUGGUCCUCACGUUUACGACCACAACCGAGCCCAACAUUUCCGUUGCAAAGCAAGAUAAUGGUUAGGUGUCCCGAGAUGUCGUCCUUGGUUUGGUUUCACGUGCUGCUAGUUUUGCCCUGUUUCGGCACCUCAAGGACUUGCUUCCCGAGAUGCCACUGCGAAGUGGAGACCUUUGGCCUCUUCGACAGCUUCAGCCUCACCAAAGUGGACUGUAGUGGGAUCGGAUCCCACCUCGUGCCUGUUCCCAUCCCCUUGGACACCACCUACUUGGAUUUAUCUUCUAACCACUUGGAAGCCAUCAACCAGUCCAUGUUAACCGGGCCUGGUUACACCACUCUCGUAGGCCUUGACUUGAGCUACAAUAAAAUCUCCAAGGUGGUCCCUACCACCUUCUCGAGACUCCGGUAUCUUGAGUCUUUGGAUCUGAGCCAUAACUCUUUGGUGACCAUCCCCGAGGACUGUUUCUCUCAGUCCCCUCUGGGAGAAGUGGACCUUAGCAACAACCUUCUCUUGGAGGUCCCCUUGAACGUCUUUGCCUUCAGAGGUCAAGGAAAACCCAUCAACGUUGAUCUUUCCAACAACUUAAUAAGCCAGGUGUCAAGAUACUCGGAUAAACCCGUUCCUAACAUUCAAAGCUUAAAUUUCUCGGGGAACCGAUUAACCAGCAUUCCAGAUCUCCAAGGGAUCCCCCUUCGUUACUUAAACCUGGAUGGAAACCCAGUGUCCGUCAUUCAGAAGGACGCCUUCUUGGGCCUGAUAGGGUUAACCCACUUGUCCUUGAGUGGGAUUGACCAUCUCUUGGACAUUUCGCCUUUUGGCUUCAAGGACCUCUCCGCUCUCCAAGUGCUGGAUUUAUCCAACAAUCCCAACAUGAAAUCCUUGAACCCCAAAGUGUUCUACAGCUUGAGUUCGUUGCAAGAGCUCAACCUGUCAGGGACGAGGCUGGCCGCCACUUUCUCCAAACCGAUGUUGAGAUACUUGCCUUCCAUCAAGAGCGUGGCCUUGGCCAAGAACAUCCGGUGUCUUAAGACCGUUCGGGAAGGACACUACCACCGAGAAGCUGGACCGAGCAAGAAAGAGGUCCUACGAUGUCACGGCGGCCACGGAUCCGUGGCGCCGUACGUGUUGUGAUCGAGGACCGAGCCUCCGCACGAUGAGACUUCUUUUUUUAAAAAAAAACACAGCCACGAAUGUGCCUUCUGUACAAACAUUUAAUUUAUACUUUUUUUUUUUUUUGGUAUAUCUCAACUCCGCGUUACAAUAAUGGAUGGGACAAAACGCUCACAAGUCUGGUUUAUUUCAGGGGUACCCCCCCCAAAUUUCCAGCUCUGGACCGCCGGUGAUUGGGGGGGGGUGAGCGGGGAAGGGGAUGGUUUCAUGUGCAUGCCUGCCACUUGUGCAAAUAGUUUCGUGUGCUUGCACGCUCGCCCGGUUUCCAACGAGCCAUGGACUGCUACCGGUCCACAGAAUAGGGGUUAGAGUCCCCUGGUUUAUUUGAUUUUCCUAACCCUCAGUUGUUCUCCUGGAAACCCUGAGACCACAGCUGUGGCUUCUACAGCAGGGGUGUCAACUCAUGGCCUGUGGGCUGCAUCCGGCUGGCAAUGUGGUCCAGUCCGGCCCACGGAGCCAUCCUGGAAAAUUGCUUCGGCCCAGUCUACCCAAUGCAAAGAGGAAACAUGCCAGCAGUUUUGGGAGUGGCUUCAGGCUCGUCACGCUCGCUGUUCUGCCCCAGCUACGGACCCCAAAGAACGCAGCACACACGAAGUCUGUACAGACCUUAGUUUACUAAAUUAAAUCAGUUUUUUUUUUUCCAAACAAAGGCUGUUAAUUAACUUUCUUAACAGCCAACAAUAAUCGUAAUCUUACUAUGGUUGGCAGAAAGCCCAGAAGCAAUUUGCAGAGAACUAAGAUCAAGACGCGAAGGAGAGUGAACGAAGUUGUUCCCUGCAAAUUGCUUCAGUCGGCAUUCCUCCUUAAAUAGGCUAAGGGAGUGGCCAAUUAGCCCCAAGCCUUACUCUCGAGGAGACCUCCUCCUGAGAAGCCACUCCUGCCUUUUGGCAGCUCUGCGUGCCCGUGCACUGAGAAGAGGCUCCUCCUCUUCUUCCUCUUCACUUAUGGGAGCUUCUGGAUGUUCUGAAGGCCCUGGCUGAAUCCCCACCUCUGGCACCACAUCUUCUCCAGCCUCCUCAUUGUCCGACUCGAGUGCCAGCUGCACAGGCUGCUGGCGCAGCCCCACACCAGCCUCCUCGCUGUCCGAAUCAGCUGCACAGGCCGCGUAUGGGCCACAACACUCACCCAGUUGGCCACGCCCAGUGAGUGGCAUCAAGAUAGCCACACCUACCCAGUUAGCCAUGCCUACACGGCCCCCCGAGUUCAACCACAGUCCUGAUGCAGCCCUCAAUGAAAGCAAGUUUGACACCCCUGAUCUACAAUGUCCUUCAGAGACAGGUAAUCUUCGCCUUACAACCAUUCGUUUAGUGACUGAAGUUGCAACGGCCCUGAACAAAGUGAUUCAUGCCUGGUUUGCACACUUAGCGACCGUUGUAGCAUCUCCAUAGUCGCGUGAUCCAAAUCCGGAGGCUUGGCCACUGGCGUGUAUUUACGACGGUUGCAGUGUCCCGCGGUUGCGCGAUCCCCUUUUGCGACUUUUCCAGCUGGCUAUCAAAGUCAACGGGGGAAGCCAAAUUCACAUAACAAACCGCGUGAUUCGCACCACAAUUGCCCUGAUUCGCUUAACGACUGUAGCAAGAAAGGUCGUAAAAUGGGGCAAAACUCAUUAUAACAGCCAUCUUGCUUAGCAAGAGAAACGUUGGGCUCAAAUAUGGUUGUAAAUCGAGGACUACCUUCGAUUCACUUCGAAGAUCUUCCGAAGAGGACGGUUCAGCCCCAGAAAUUGUGGAUUUGAGAAAAUGUCUAGGGCAAUGUUUCUCAAUCAUUGGUAUAGAGGUAUAGAGGUGUUGGACUUCAACCCCCAGAAUUCCCCAGCCAGCAUGGGAAUUCUGGGAGUUAAAGUUCACACCUCUGAAAGUUGCUAAGGAGAAACACGAUUGUAACACACCCACCCACAACCUAUUCAAUUCCAUUUGAGCUGAUAACUGGCCAGAAGGUGUAUAUACCUUCUUUGGCCACAAGAGGGAAGCAGUUUACCACAACCUUUCGGUGGAAUUGUCCUUGUUUCUCUUGGAAAGUUCUUCGGUUUUUCCUCCAGCUCUUGUGAUUUCUUGGUGGUCUUCCAUCCUCACGCUAACCAAGCCUGUUCCUACAUUACUCAGGAAACUCAUGGACUGUCUGUAGGCUGGAUUUUUGUUGCUCAACCAAAGGUUUUGCAUGAAAGCCUGAUGUAAGAGGCAGAGUUCCCACAGCCCUUUAAACGUGCAAAUUAAGUUAUACAUGUAAAAUUAAAAGCUUCCUUUGCAUUGAGCUUGAUCCUUGGAGAUAUCCAAGGAAGGCUUUUUGUAAAGGAUAUGGAGGCAGUCCCACUUUUUUUUUCUGGAUUUUUUUUUUAUUUCCUGGUGGUCUCCUUUCCAGUAAUACCAACUGAUCUUCUUAGCUUCUGAACCGAGAGACCCAUCAGCCAAGUGCUGUCACCGGAUACUAAUACAAAUGCUGGAUCUCAAGAAAAGAUGGCGCUUGAAUGUUACAUUUGCAAGUAGUCCUCGGCUUACGACCACAACUGAGCCCAACAUUGGCGCUGCUAAACAAGACAGUUAUGAAGUUUUGCCCCAUUUUUUCUUGCCACAGUUGUUAAGCGAAUCCUGUAGUUGUUAGCAACACAACUGUUAAGUGAAUCUGGCUUCCCCGUCCACUUUGCUUGUCAGCACGGUUGCAAAAGGGGAUCCCAUGACACACACACACACACCGGGGACACUGCGACCGUCAUAAAUAUGAAGCAGUUGGCAAGUAUGUGAAUUUUGAUCACUUGAUCAUGGGGAUGUUGCAACGGUCAUAAGUGUGAAAAACGGUCGUAAGUCCCUUUUUUUCAACAUUGUAACUUUGAAUGGUCACUAAACGAACGGUUGUAAAUCAAGGACUACCCGUAUUUCCUUAAAUACCUCUGACUUUUUAAAGUUUUGAAUCUCAUCCAACCAUGUUCCUCCCAAUUGUGCAAGCAAAGCUUUUCACUCACACACAAACAUACAAUUUUGGCAACAACCUUCGCGAUUACAGCGAGUCCGACUUAAGAACAGUUCAUUUAGCGACGGUCUGAAGUUAUGACGGCGUUGAAUAACGUGACUUACGACCUGUUUUUCACAGUUAUGACCUUUGCAGCAUUUCCCAUAAUCGUGAUCAAAUUCAGAGGCUCGGCAACUGGCAUGUACUUACGACUGUUGCAGUCUUCCGGGGGUCAUGUGAUCCCGUUCUCGCAAGCAAAGUCCAGGGGGAAGCCCGAUUCACUUAACAACCGGGUUACUAAUUUUUUAUCAACUGCAGCGAUUCACUUAGCAACGGUGGCACGAACGGUCGUAAAAUCAGGAGUGGUAUUCACUUACUUUCCCUACCGGUUCGCAAAUGUGAGUCCGUGCGCACUUUGCUGACACUCACGCCUUCCGUACAUGCACCCAGCCACAAAACGCGACUAAAUAGGAUGGCAGAGUCGGGGAAGGUGGGUGGAGCCACCCGUGAUUUCCGCAAGCAGUUCUGCCGAACCGGUCUGAACCAGCUGCAUACCACCUCUGCCCCAAGACUCACUGAACAGAUGUUUUCACUUUUAACCACAGACUUCUGGGCUCCGUUGUGGUCGUAAGUCGAGGUCUACCUGUAUUGUAUUUUACCACCCUGGGAAAGGAAGCCCACCUUCUCAAAAACUUAACUUUAACCUUUCUUCUCUCAUCUGGCUUUGGUCGCGUCACAGUUAACGCCGAGUUAAGAUUAAGGCAAACAUUACGCAGAUUCGCCCGCGAUGCUUUUCCGAAGGCUUCACAAAGGCCUCUUCAUUUUUCCACCCAGCUGACAUUUUGGCUGAAACAAUUUCAUUUUUUUUUUUUUUCCUCUUGGCAAGAAUGGCCCGUCUCUUGAUCACGGAAGGCAGAUUUCAACUGUAGUUCUCCGGAUCCAGCCGGAUAGGAUGGGAAAACUUCCCUGCCAGCUUGGAUGUCAAAAUUUGCAAUCCGCGUAAGAGAGGAAAAAAAAAAUCCCAAAAAGAACAGAUUUGAAAAAACGAUAAAUUUAGCAUUAUUUUUUUUUUUUUUAGAGUCUGCCUAAGAAGGCAGCGUUCCAAUUUCUUGGGGUUUGAUCCACAUUUUUUUAAAAAAGAAAAAGAUUUGGAAAAACCGAGCUCGUAAGUAUUUCUCUUGCAUAUGUGCAGAACUUUAGUAGGUAUUUUUUUUAAAAAAAAAAACGUGCCUCUCGAUAGUCCUCGGCUUACGACCACAAUCGAGCCAAGAAUUUCUGCUGCGAAGCAAAACGGCCGUUAAAUGUGUUCCCCCCCCCAAUUUUACGACCUUCCUUGCCACAUUUGUUAAGUGAAUCAGUGCAAUGGAUAAAUUAGUAAGCCGGUUGUUAAGUGAAUCACUGCAAUUGAUAAAUUAGUAAGCCGGUUGUUAAGUGAAUCUGGCUUCCCCAUUGACUCUGCUUAUUGGAAGAUCGCAAAAGGGGAUCAUGUGACCCCGGGACACUGCAACGGUCGUAAGUGUGAAAAAUGGUCAUAAGUCGCUUUUUUCAGUACCGUUGUAACUUCGAACCAUCACUAAAUGAACUGUUCUUAAGUCAAGGACCAGCUGUAUUUAUUUUCUCUUGGCUGAUUGCAUUUUAACACAGGAACUAUUUCCAAGGAAUUAAGUUUUAAAAUCUGAGCCACCUCAAUAUAUUUUCUUUAAAAAAAAAAUCAGAAACUCAUAAAUAACAGGGAGGGACGCAGUGGCUCAGUGGCUAAGACACUGAGCUUGUCGAUCGAAAGGUCGGCGGUCCAGCGGUUCGAAUCCCGAGUGCCGCGUAACGGGGUGAGCUCCCGUUUAGUUGUCCCAGCCUCUGCCAACCUAGCAGUUCGAAAGCAGGUAAAAAAUGCAAGUAGAAAAAGAGGGACCACCUUUGGUGGGAAGGGAACAGCGUUUUCCGUGCGCCUUUGGCGUUGAAUCAUGCCGGCCACAUGACCACGGAGACGUCUUCGGACAGCGCUGGCUCUUCGGCUUUGAAACGGAGAUGAGCAUCGGCCCCUAGAGUCGGGAACGACUAGCACGUAUGUGCGAGGGGAACCUUUACCUUUACCUUAGGGCCAUGAUGGCGAACCUAUGGCACGCGUGCCACAGGUGGCACACGUACCCAUAUCAGUGGGCACGCCAGCUCAGCUCUGGCACGCAUGUGUGCGCCGGCCAGCUGAUUUUCAGGCCUUCUGGGUCCACCAGAAGAAGGGAAACAGGCUGUUUCCUGCCUCCGGAGGGCCUGGGGUGUGUGUGUGUGUGGGGAAGGCUGUUUUUGCCCUCCCCAGAUGCAUAGAGAGGAUCUGGAGCCAGGUGAGAAAGAAAAACGGGCCAUUGCAUGCCAGGAGCGGGGGGGGGGUUGCACACGCAUGCACAGGGUGGGGCACAUAGAAUUAUGGGUGUGGGCACGCGUGUGUGCAAACCUCCCCCUCCCCUUCCUGGCAUGCGAUGGCAAAAAGGUUAGCCAUCACUGCCUUAGGGUGUGUAUUUAAAUAUUGAUCAGGAAAAGGUGAUGGCAGGAGCCUCUAUAUAGGGUGUAUCGAUACUCCUUGACUUGUGACCACAACUGAGCCCAAAAUUUCAGUUUAAUUUAGUUUAGUUUAGUUCAUUGCACAUGGUACAACGAAAUUAAACGCCGUCUUCAGUGUACAUUAUAACUAAAAAUAAAAACACAAACAUAACAUCCUUUACAUUGUAUAGAAUUGCAAUUGAAAACAAUUGAAAAAUUGUUCUUAAGGAAGACGCUGUGCUAAGUGAAUUCAGUUAACCGUCGUUAACUGAAUUGCUGUUGUUAAGCUAACAACCUGGUUGUAAAGUGAAUCGGCCUUCCCCAUGGACUUUGCUGGUCAGAAGGUCGCAACAGGUGAUCGCGUAUCCUGGGACACUGCAAUGGUCAUAAGUAAGAGUCAAUUGCCGGUUGUCACGCGACCACGGGAAUGCUGCGACGGUCGUAAGUGUGAAAACAGUCGUAAGUCACUUUUUUCCGUGCGGUUGUAACUUCAAACGGUCACUAAAUGAAGUGUUGUAAGUCGAGGACGAUCUACUACAGCACAUAUUGCAUGGGGCUGCUCUUGAAGACUACCCAGAAGCUUUAACCGGUCCAGCAUGCAACUCUUCGUGCCACCUCACAACUUGACUACUGCAACCCUCUCUACAUGGGGCUGCCCUUGAAGUCUAUCCUGAACUGGUCCAGAACGCCAUGGCGUAGCUAAUGAUGGGCAAUGCCUUACUAUGCCCAUAUAACAUUUCUGGGUUUACGGCCUGGUUACUCGAAGGACUGCCCAAUUCCAGUGGAGGUAGUCCUCGACUUACGACAGUUCGUUUAGUGACCGUUCCAAGUUACAACGGCACUGAAAAAAGUGAUUUAGGACCGGGGUUUUUUUUUUCCACACUUACGGUUUACAUUUGGAUGCUCGAUAAUUAACUCAUCUUUAUGACGGUCUCAGCAUCCCGGGGUCACGUGAUCCCCUUUUGCGACCUUCUGACAAGAUUCACUUAACCAACGUGACAAGAAAAGUCCUAAAAACGGGAGCAAAGCUCUCCACGAAUGUCUCAAUUAGUGGCGUAAAUGUGGUUCUCGGUUGUGGUCGUAAAUCGAGGACUGCCUGUUUCUGCCUGAUUCGAUUGGAUCCUGCAGGGUGGAUUCGCUCUAGCUUCCUUCGAUUAAACCCCCGGGAUUGCUUUUGUGACCUUCCUCACGAAAAGAUCCCCCCCCUUUUUUUGGGGACCAAUGACGUCUCUGUGUCCUACACAAUCUCCUCAUUCUUUCCCCCCCCCUUCCUCGAAUGAGGAACAAAGAAAAUGCAAUUAAAGCUAAAAAAAAGGAAGAAUUCUUCUGUAGAAGAAAAAUCCCCUUCUGGGGAAAUUCGAGGCUGUGUGACCUUCUCGACCUAGUUUGACUUUUGAGCUCGACAAAAAAUGCAAUCAAAGACCUCGACAAAAAUGCAAAAAUGCAGCCUCCUCCGACAGAGCUAAAUCACACACACACAAGUACCCCAAAAAAGAAACGAGGAUUUAAACUUAAACUCUGCAUGAUAUUUCAAUAUUGCCCCUGCUUUUUCUCCCAACCACGUUGUACGAAUUCAAUGCGUCUGGGAAGGUCUCUGAAUUUCUCUAUGCAACUCUGCAAAAUUUAUUUAUUUAAUCCUUCACGUUUUCCCCUUUAAAGAAAAAAAAAAAUGUCGGCUAAAAAUGUUUAAGCCCACUCUCGAGGAGAAGUGAGAAGUGCCAAAGAUUGCCUAACCCUGGACAGGAAAUAGGAAGAAUUUGGACAAUCUGGCUUUGUUCCCAGGUGUUUUGUUUCGGCAACAUCCUGGUUUACUUAGGGAGGUGGGAUUGAAUCCAUAAUGAAGUUCCAUAAUGAAAAGGACAUGAUAGCAUGAUAGCAUGAAUGAGGAUUUUGCAAUAUCUUUUCCCCAGGAGUGGGCUGGGAAUGGAGAUUUUGCAAUAUUCUUCCCCCAGGAGUGAGGUGGGAAGGGGGCUUUUGCAGUAUCCUUCCCCUGCCACGCCCACCAAGCCACGCCCACAGAACCGGUCGUAAAAAAAAAAAAUUUGGAUUUCCCCACUGGCUCAACCUAUUAUCCAAAGGACCAGAAGGCAGGACAAGAAUCAACGGAUGGAAACUCAUCAGUGACAUCAUCAGAAGGAGAGGUAAUAAAGAAGAUUUGAGAAUGUGCAGAAAUGAAUAGGUUGGCAUUGAGAAUAAAAGAUAAAGAGGAAUCGGGUGUAUUUCAAGACAUGGGGACGAUUUUAUGCAUGGUUAGAAAAGAAAUAUGAAUAAAAGAUUAUAGAGAAAUAAAUUAGAUAAGAUGAGAAAGAAGAAAAAGGAAAUAGAAAUGCAGAAGACACCUGUGUAAAUGGAAAAGGGGGAAAGAAAAUAUAUAAAUGUACAUUUAUGACGAUAUGUUUGAAUUUAGUAAAAUGAAAAAGUAAUUGAAAAGAAGGUAAAAAUCGGGAUUGCUCGAAUACCACUUUGGAAAAUAGUAAAUUGAAAAUGAAUACAACAAUUAGAGAGAGAAUGGAGAGGAAUAGAGGAGAGAAGAGAGGGAGGAGAGAGGGAAAGAAAAGGAAAAGGAGAGGAAGAAAGGGGAAAUGAGUAGGAGAGAAGGUUAGAAGGGAGGAAGAAGGGAGGUGGGAGAAGGAGAAGGAGAGGAGGAAAGAAGAAAAUAGAUGGAGAGGGAUAAAGGAGAGGAGAGGAAGGAGAGAGGGAAAGAAGAAAGGGAAAAGGAGAGGAAGAAAGGGGAAACGAGUAGGAGAGAAGGUUAGAAGAGAGGAAGAAGGGAGAUGGAAGGAGAGAAGGAGAAGGAAAGAUGAAAAUAGAGAGGAAUAGAGGAGAGGAAGGAGAGAGGGAAAGAAUGGAAAAGGAGAGGAAGAAAGGAAACGAGUAGGAGAGAAGGUUAGAAGGGAGGUGGGGGGGAAGGAGAGGAGGAAAGAAAGUAGAAGAGUAGAUGGAAGAAAGGAGGGAAAGGAAAGAGGAGAGAGAGAAGAAGGAUUGUUGUAAAACAAGGGAGAUGAAAUGGUAGAAGAGCAACCCAGAAAAUAAUUAAAUUGUUUAGGAUGACGAUUGUAUUAGUAUGAAAGUUAAAAAGAAAAAUAUGUAUGUUAGAUAAGAAACUACAUUUAAGAUACGUUUAUGAGGAAAAAAAAUAAAAAACUUUUUAAAAAUAAACUCAUGAGGAUGCUACAAUGGUUGUAAGUAUGAAAAACUGUCAUAAAUCACUUUUUAAAGGGCUGUUGUAACUUUAAACGGUCGCUAAAAGCUAUGCUUUGAUGGCCAUCUGCUGAUCUUCCAAAACUUUAUGAGAGAAAAAUAUUCUGAAUUUCUCAGAGUUUUUUUUUUCUCUCUCUCUCUUGGGGCUUCUGCAAAACAUUUGAGUUCAAUAAUUGUUCGGGAGUUCCAUUUAUCUACUCUCUGUAUAAAACGAUGCUAUUUUUUUUUCUCCGGGUUGGAUCUUGGCAGCUGGUAGGGUUCCCUCACUGAGAGACAAAUGGGAUUUCCUGAUCCCAAAAUCAGUGGAGAUCCACUGCCCCCUUCUGGAUUGGCCUUGAUCGCUCAGCCUUGCAUUUUCCACGAAUGAACAAUGGUGGAUAAUUAAUCAAACACCAUGAUUUAAUUAAGCGGUAUUUCUCAACCUGGGCCACUCUUAAGACGUGUGGACUUCAACUCCCAGAAUUCCCUGGGCCCAACAUGGCUGACUGUGGAAUUCUGGGAGUUGAAGUCCACAUACCGGAAAAAUUGCUGAAGAUGAGAAACGCUACUCUGGAGCAUUUCUAGGUAGUCCUCGACUUACAACAGUUCAUUUAGUGACCGUUGGAAGUUACAACGGCACUGAAGAAGUGACAUACGACUGUUUUUCACACUUAACGACUGUUGCAGCAUCCCCAGGGUCACGUGAUUCAAAAUUCAGAUGCUUGGCAACUGACUCGUAUUUAUGACGGUUGCAAUGUUCCCGGGGUGACAUGAUUCCCCCUUUUGUGACCUCCUGACCAGCAAAGUCAAUGGUGAAGGCAGAUUCACUUAACAACCGGGUUACUAAUUUAACAAGUGCAGGAUUCACUUAACGACAGUGGCAAGAAAGGCCGUUAUAUGGGGCAAAACUCACUUAACCAAUGUCUCAUUUAGCAACAGAAAUUUUGGACUCUGUUGAACCAGUUCCCAAGGGUCCAAAUUUUGAUUAUAUGACCACAAGGGUGCAGCAGUCAAAAAACAGAAAUGGUCAUAAGUCACUUUUUUCAAUGCCAUUGUAACUUCGAAUGGUCACUAAACAAACAGUUGUAAAUUGAGGACUACAUGCACGCAUUUGUUUUAAGGCUUAAUUAGAAUUAGUUCCUCUGUCCUUCUGCAAUUUUUCUAUUCAUAGCCAAUGUCAGGUCCUGCUUUGCUUGUUACAUUUUUAUGUACUUCCCAUGUAAUAACAUAUAUUUUAGCUUUGUCCAAAUAAACCAACUUUAUAUCCCUUC